UGGAAGCUUCCUGCAUCGACAGCUGCUCAAAGUUAAAUUUUAACUUUUCUGCUUAUUUCUUCCUGUAAUUGGCGGCUACUGUUUGGGCUCAUUGACAGUUUUUUGUGCCACCUUUACCAAGCAACAGCUCCUGACCGGCUGCAUGGUUGCGGACCCUUUGCCAGCUGUAUCAGCACUUCCUUUCCUGCUGGGCUGCAGAGCUUGCACUCCAUGGACAAGUAGCUUGUCUGGACUGUCCGCCUUCACUUCUUUGUAAAUGCUGGAUUCCUGAGUAUGUGCAUGGAGCAUGGGUAUAGCAACCUACAAUGACAGCAGAAGAUCCUUUACUGUGAUCCUUACCGGAGAUUGCUCGCUCUUCGUGGAUCUGGCCUGAGAAGUUUGCAGCUGAAUAUGUCUGCCUUAAGCACAGUUCAGAUUAAAGAAGCUAAUGCCCACUUGGCAGCAUUACACCACCGAGUGGCAGAGCUGGAGGGCACAAUAAGAGAGCAAGCCGAGAGUCUUAUUCGGAAGGAUGAGCAGUACCAGGCUUCCAUAAGGGACAUGGUUGAGGCCAAAGACAGAGCAAUUGCUGAACUUCAGAAACGGUUAGCACAAUCUGAAGAGGAAAUGCAAAAGUUGAUGUCCUCCAUCAAAGAUAAGGACCGGGAGCUGGAGCGCCUUCGACACCACAGCCGACUUAUGGCCCGGAUGUGUCACAGCCGACCGCUGUUGAAUGCUUUAGUUUCUCUCAUGGCUGAAGCAGAAGGAAUUCCUUGUUUACCUCAUGUGGAGCAAUGCAACGGACUCCCGAGCGUUCCAGACUACGCUCAAAGCGAGGAAGACCUCGAAGACUCUGAUGUAGACAGAACACUUUUUGGAACCACUGUAUAAGGAGAAAUAUGUUACUUAUAUGUGCAGGUUCUUUUUUUAAGGUUAAGGUAUUUUUCUAUACUUUUCUAUGUUACAAAUUUACAUACAUCUUAUUUACAGGUUUCAAAAAAGGGUUUUUGAUUAACAAAAUUCUGGCGUUUCUGAUGCCCCAGCACAGUAUUUUAUGAAUCCGUUUUAUGCUGUCUUGAGAUUUUUAGAUGAUUUAUAAGAUGCUUUGUAGCUCAUGCACAUCAUUACAAUUCCCCAUGUUCCAUAUUACCUGUUGGCAUUUUACACACCAGAUUUACGCUACAGUGUGCUGGAGUAAAAUCCACCAAAUUUAUUUGGAGGUGUAUGCCUCUUAAUAAAAUUUGGCGUAUCUAAAUUUGAAUGCUACUGCUCCUAAAUCUAGGCACACGUGUCGUUUCUACACCGCCUUUGCCACUGGAGAGUGGCAGGGGCAGGUUGAGGGCAUGGCAGGGGCUGUGCCAUGGACACCUGAACAUUUAUUCUAAUUUUCACCAGUUUCCUGCCAUAAAUAAAGAUUGAAAUUUCAAUCUAGGCGCACGGAGUGCUGGAGGAUGCCCCUAAUUUAUAACGAGGCCUACACCACACACAUCCUCUGGAGGUGAAGGGGAUAUGAAAGGCUGGCGUAAAACUCUGGUCUUUGAUAAAUGACCUCCAAUGUGUAUUUACAGAGGAGUCCAAGGCAGAAAUCCGAAACUGACCCUUUUGUAGCUUGUCCUGCUGCAGAUCCGUCCUGUUUAGUCAGGCCUAAUCUGUGUGAGGACAGCCUCCAUAGUUUCUGCGCUUAAACUAUGCCAAGAAGGGACAUUUAUUUAGCAAUGAUGCAGUUUUAUAUACGACAACAGAUGGCGGAUUGUGCUCGGACUUUGCACAGAUUUCAGCGUAGAAUAUGCACCAAAAACACACAGUGCGAUUAUACACUUAGGGCUUAUUCAGAUGGCCGUAUGAAUGAGUCUGCAUCCGUUCCGCAAUUUUAUAGAAUGGAUGCGGACCCAUUCAUUUCAAUGGGGCCUCAAAAGAUGCGGACAGCACAUCCGUGGUUCCGUUCCAUGGCACGCGGAGAAGAAUAGGCAUUUUCUAUUAAGGUUGCGGCCACGUGCGGUCCACAAAUUUUGGAACGCACACAGACGGUAUCCGUGUUUGCAAUUUGCAGAUCCGCAAAGCACUAAAUGGACCCUUACUGAGAGUCAGGGAAAAAUGUACCGCCACUCAUGUAGACUAAAUAACACUAAGGGAAGUAUGAUUGGGUUGAUAUCACAGGAAAUAGCAGAAAGGGAAAUUCCAAUUUCUAUUACUUUUCACCAUUCCGUUUUGUUUUCUCAUACUAGUAUAUUGAAUUUAUGUUACAUUCAUGAUUUUUUUUUUUUUGCAAGUUUACAAUAUAAACCAAUGCACCUCAAAGCAUUCCUGAAGCAUGAUGGAAGAAUUUAUUGUGGUUCAUAUGCUGUGUGAGAGCAGGAUUGCCAAUGGACUGCAUGUUAAAUGUGAAAACAUAGAAGAUCAGCCGUCAUAUGUGACAGUGUUACUGCCGACCAGAUAGCGAGUCAGCUGGCUAAGUAAAAACCAAAGAGUCAUAAUGACAGCCAUGAGGACACACUUUAACCUGUGAGCGAUGGGAAGCUGGCAUGGUAACAUAUGACCAUGGAUACAUCUCUUCUACCCGUAUGCCCGUUUGUACUAAUAGUUUACUAUUACAUUUACUGUUGGUUGACUGCAGUUUUGAAUACUUCAUCUGGAUGGGUUUGGUGGUGGUUUUGGGUAUUGUGAUUUUACAGUCACGGUACCAAUAAGUUUUAUAGUAAUUCUGUAGAUGCAUGCCUAUAUACAAACUAAAGAGAAAAGAUACUCAUACCUGUAUAUGUACAUAUUCUUGUCUAUAGGGUGCAAUAUGUUUUUUGUUUUGCUUAGUUUUUUGCUGAUGUAGUAAAAAUUUGUGGAUUGCCAUGUGGUUAACGGCCCAUUCAGACGGCCGCAGUGGUUUGCGGAUCCACAAAACACGGAUACCGGCCAUGUGCGUUCCGCAAUUUGCGGACUGCACAUGGCCGCAAUCAUAAAAGAAACUGUCUAUUCUUGUCGGCGAUUACGGAUAAGAAUAGGACAUGUUCCAUCUUUUCUGCGGAGCCGCGGUACGGAAUAACUGAUGCGGACAGCACACGGUGUGCUGCCCGCAUCUUUUGAGGGCCCAUAGAAAUGAAUGGAUCCGCAGACCUUCUGCAAAAUUGCGGAAUGGGUGAUAAUCUGUUCAUACGGCCGUGUGAAUGAGCCCUAAGGAGGUUUUCCGACAUUAAACUAAAGGGCAGAAAUGGCAUAAAGUAACAAAAAAAUAUAUAUACUCACCUGAUUAAUCCCCCACCGCUCCAGCACCAGUUAUUCUGCCAAGGCGACAGGUGAGAAGAUUACAUUUGUUGUUUUAUGCCAUUUCCAUCCUGUAGCCAAUUAUGUGGAUAAGUGCAAGAUAAUGCACCUGGGGCGUAAAAACCCAAGGGCAGAAUAUAGAAUAUUUGACACAGUCCUGACCUCAGUAUCUGAGGAAAGGGAUUUAGGAGUAAUUAUUUCAG